AUGCGCUACAAAACCUGCCAGAUUUUAAAAAUCGAUCGUGUUACGAAGCAAUGGUUUUAUGUUGGAAAGAUGGAUUAUCUUUCGAUGACUUUCCUGGAGCCAAUGCUCGAUGAGAGAACGGGCACAGUUUAUGUCUUCAUUGUCGGCAUUUUUCGCCAAAAUGAAGCGUCAAAGACAUUUUUGGUGCGAGUGGAUGGUGACUGCAAAGAGCUUUGCACGUGGAGGUUUCCCAAUAACACAUUUAAUACCACCAAUCAAUUCCAUCCAGUUGGCUUAAGGAUGUUCUGGGAUGAUGACUUGAUUAUCACAUUUUUUGAUAGUUGUAGCUUUGAGAAUCGAAGAGAUCCUUGGCUUCAGUUUUAUUCGAUUAGAGUAAGAGAGGAUUAUCUGGAAAUGCAUUGCGAUCGGACUGGUUUGCCCCCUCAUGAUUUUUCCAUGACUAUUAAUAGCUGCUUUACCCUAAGCGAACCACAAAGAAGAUUGGCCUAUUUUUCAUACGAGCGUGGCUUAUUAAUAUUUUCUGAAGCAACAAUGGAAUGGGUUACCUAUGAAAUGGCUGGAAAUUCAGCUCUCGAUAAAGAGAUGAUGGCCAUUGGAUUGUAUCAUGCGCAAGAGGAAACUUAUCAACAAUCGAAAAACAGUACCGAACCUUUAUUACGGUUUCGCUUUCAUUCAGGGAAGGAGAUUUUUGGGAUACUGAGCGCCAUCAUCCCUGAUGAAUUAGUUACACAUUAUUGCUAUUCGCUGCAUAUUGAUCACAAGAAUUUAACAUACAGCUUCCGAAAGCGCUUCAUCUUGGAAGAACCGAUAAACACAAACGCAAAUCAUAGCGAAAUAGCUUUCGGAGAUGAUGUCUUUUCAUAUGCAGAGCAAGAAACCAUAAAAGUGACGACCCUAACCGCUAUCCCGACAUUGUCCGAUUUGACCAGCUGGAAAAUAAGCGAAUCGGAUCUUGAAGAACGAAGAAUUACCGAGGCUGAUUUACUCCCUUAUCAAGUACCGCAAUCGUUUACUCUACAGGCCUAUCGAAUCAGACAUCAAAGAGAAAUGGAAGCGAUUGAAAAUCAAUUGCACCAAUGCAUGGUGCCCCAAGAGUUUUCGGGUCAUCCAGAGCGUUGGGUGAAGCCAAUCGGAAUUUUCCGCGACUGGAUAUACGGCUCGAUGGAAGAGGAAUCGGGAACCGAGAUUCCAGUCCUGCAAUUCAUCAGCUAUGAUCUAGUUUGUGGGCGCGAGGGCGAGGAACCCUACCCGAAGCUCUAUCUUUUUCAUCAGAGCAUUGAGGCUACACUUUGGUAUAUCACAUUGCUACAUAGCGGGGAUACAUUUGAAAUUCACAUGCAUCAAGUUAUGAGACCUCCUGAGAUCUUUGGCGCGCACGCACCCUAUUAUUUUGCUGUUGGAACAUCCUGUAAAAUGAUGAAUAAGAUAGCGUUUGCGAUCGAUCCUAUCCAGCAAAAAUUUGCCCAUAUUUGUAACGAGCGGGGAUUUGUAAUUUACGAUGCACCCUCGGAAAGUUGGAUCAAAUAUAAUCCCUCAAUUGACUCUGAUUUGGCUGAAGAUGGCUUCCUCGACGAUCCACCCUAUCAGUCUUUUUUCCUGCGGUCGCAAGCUUUGAAAACUUAUACAGUUUGUGAGCUGAUAGUUGGGGAUGAGAUACAUCUAUCACAGACCAGUAUUGAGCCAGAAGGGAAGCAGCUGCAGAGGUUGUACAAAUUGAUCAUCGACUAUGACAAGCGAGAAUUCACGCUCAAGCUCAGGGUGCAAUUGUCCGAGAAUUCUCCAAGUUUAAUUACGCGGAAUUCAAUGGUUGGACCAAAAUGCAUCGCCACGCUCCGAAGCAUUACGUUCGAUGAGCUAGAAGGAUGCGCAGAACAGAGGGAGCGAGAGAAAAAGUUUGACACCCUUUGGACGGGUUCAACGGUAGGAACUGUGAUACAGACUGUUUAUCUGGAGCCGCUGGAUUUGGCAGAAGCCGCUAUUUUGAAAGUCCAAGAACUUUACGCAGAACAUAACGGAGCAGGGAUCCAAUGCUCAAUACUUUCGAAUGAGGAAAUUAAAAAGUUAAUCAGGGAAAGACGUGUUGAUGUU